AUGGAUUUCAAGCCCAACUUUGACUUUGUACACUCCUUGUUUUCUGCAACUUGUUCUUGGAGACGAAGGCCCAGUUCAUACUGGAACCUCCUGUCCUUCCUGAUCACCAUUGAUGAGAUCAAUCGGAAUCCCAGCCUGCUACCCAACAUCACCCUGGGCUACAAUGUCAAGGACAACUAUUUCGAUGCCAGAAUGACUUACGAUGCCGUGGUAGAUCUGCUCUCUCCUGGGCCGGCAAAUGUUCCGAACUACAAGUGCGGACGACAGAACAAGGUGCCGCUUUUUAUCGAAGGGGCUGACUCAGAUACCUCCAUCCACAUUUCAACUAUGUUGAGCCUCUACAAAAUCCCUCAGACAGUGCCUCAUUCCAGAUGUAGCAGGAGCUGCAGACCCGGCUACGUCAAGGUGAUCCAGGAAGGACAGCUCCGUUGCUGCUAUGACUGUGCUCCCUGCCCGGAAGGGACCAUUUCGAACGAGGAAGCAGAUGUAGACCUUUGCACUAUGUGUCCAGAAGAUCAGCAUCCAAACAGGAAUCGAGAUCAAUGCGUCCCCAAGAUUAUAAACUAUUUGUCCUAUGGAGACUAUUUGGGGAUCAUCCUGGCUUCCUCUGCCUUAUUCUUGACCAUAAUGACAGGCUUUGUCUUAGGAAUCUUCAUUAAGUUCCUAGAAACUCCCAUAGUCAAAGCCAACAACCGGGACCUCUCUUACAUCCUCCUCGUCUCCCUCCUGCUUUCCUUUCUGUCCUGCUUCCUGUUCAUUGGACAGCCCAUUCAUGUGACCUGCCUCCUCCGACAAACGACCUUCAGCAUCAUCUUCUCAGUAGCUGUUUCUUCUCUGUUGGCCAAAACAAUCACUGUGGUGCUGGCCUUCUUGGCCACACAGCCAGGAAAUAAAGUGAGGAAAUGGCUGGGGAAGAGUUUGGCCAACUCUGUGGUCAUUUCCUGUUCUAGUGUUCAAGUUGUGAUCUGCGCCAUCUGGUUGGGGACCAAUUCCCCAUUCUCAGACUCUGACAUGCACUCCCAACCUGGACAGAUCAUCCUGCAAUGCAAUGAAGGGUCUGUCAACAUGUUCUAUAGUGCCCUUGCCUACAUGGGCUUCCUGGCUGCCAUCUGCUUCAUGGUGGCCUUCCUGGCCAGGAAGCUGCCUGGGUCCUUCAACGAAGCCAAGCUGAUCACCUUCAGCAUGCUGGUCUUUUGCAGUGUUUGGGUGUCCUUUGUGCCCACCUACCUGAGCACCAAGGGGAAAUUCAUGGUCGCCGUGCAGGUCUUCUCUAUCUUGGCCUCCAGUGCUGGGCUCCUGGGCUGCAUCUUUCUUCCCAAGUGCUACAUCAUUAUACUGAGGCCUCAUCUGAAUGAAAAGGAGCAUCUCAUGAUGAAAGUGAAAGAUGGCAUAUGA